GCCUUGUUUUAGUAUCGACCCAAGCACUUUGGUUUACAGUAACUUGGCUUGAAUUUAUUAAAAAAUUAAUCGAUAUUCAGCUACACAUCGAUCGAUCAAAAUAAUAUAUAUUUUACAGAAAUAUGAGAACUUGUUCUCGGGGCAAAUGGUUGCUACAAGCUUGUGUAAUCACAGCAAUGAUUUCAGUCGGGAAUACAUUUGACCUUUGUGAAAAAUAUAACACAUUUGGUUUUAAAAGUAAGAAGCAAUGUGUUCACACAGGAAGUACUUUAUCCGAAUCAUGGCAGAACGCAGUAAAAACGUCUAAAGAUGUAUUAGGUAUUGUUUCACAUAAAGUCUCGAGUAAAUUAGCCAUAUUAUUUGCAAACAUGCAUUUGAAUAAUAAAAUGGGCAUACAGCAACGCACCCUACGAAACGGACCUAAUACAGGUGCUGCUCAAUUUCUUCCUGAAAAUGGUUUAUCGUCAAAGAAAAAAGUAACGUUAAAAGAAGUCAAUCAAGAACGAGGUUUCGAUAUUACCAAGGAGGAAAUGACAAAGUUCAAGAUGUGGGAUAAAGGUGUGAUACCGUAUUUCAUUGAUGAACACUCCUUCGACAAAGUCCUGCGAGACAGAAUUCGCACCAACCUGGACGAAGUGAACGCUGCUACAAGCCUUCAAUUUAUGGAGAUUCCUCGGCCUCCAGACGACGAUAAUAUGAGAUAUGUAUUCUUCAUCAAUCGCAGAGGCGCCUUAAAGUGUGUUGAUUAUACUCCUAAAGAUUUCUCCAAUCAAGGGGUUCAGAGGGUAAUCCUGGGAUACGAUUGCAUCGACCUAAAUACAGGAAUGGCAGCCAUUAUUCUUACACUGGUGGGGGUGCCUCCUCAGCACAACGCACCCGACCGUAAUAAACAUAUAGAAAUUGUGGAAGAGAAUAUUAUACCUGAAAAAGUACCUUUAUUCACAAAACUGAAGGACGAAGACUGGCUGUUCCAUGAUGUGGCAUACGACUUUGAAAGUGCCAGCCAUUAUCAUUAUCACAAGUAUUCAGUCACGGGGCGCUCAUCUAUUCAGCCCAGGAUGUUGGAAAUCGAAGCUGCAAGAGUGGGUCAAGAUAAAACAUUCAGCUAUUCAGAUUUAUUAAAAAUCAACAUGCUCUACAAUUACUUAACUCGAGGUCCGAAUGGUAAAAAGAUAGCAGACUGCUCGCAAAUGUUCCGACCUGGAAGAGAUUUUUAUAAAUACAAGCAACUUAAAAACAAUUUGAAGCCAAGGAAGAAACCCGCGGAAUACACUAAGCAAAAAAUAUCUAAAGAAAUAACGACUGGUAAUGUAAAAGGUCAACAUUCCGGGAGCGGAUCUGAACAUGAAACUUUUGACAAUGAGGAAUCUGUUAAUGAUAGCCUUGAUAAUUAUUCAGGUGCUGAUGUUGAAAAUAAAAACACUGAAAAACCUGUGAAGUUAUCCGGCCACAGACCGCAAGUGAGCGCUGAAACGCAAAAAAGAUUGAAACUUAAACAGAUAAUCCAAAAUGAGUCUGAUUUUCAUACCGAGGAAAGAAAAUGAUUGAUGUUACAUUAAGUCAGGGUUUCUUAACCUUUUUCCAGUCAUGAUACCCUCUCAAAAUUUCAAAGAUCCCACCAACAAACCCUGUCCAACAUAUUAAAAAAAAACAAGCUUUAGCUUUUUUUUACCAGCUUUUAUUGUUUGCGAUUAAACUUUACAAAUGAAAAGUUGGUGUGACGGUUUCUGCUGCAUAUCGACUGUGAACUAGCAAUCGGUACUAUCUCAAUUUUGACAAGUUUACGGGUGAAGAAAAAAAAUGUUUGCGUCAUUUAUACAGCAUCUGGUAAACAUUUUUAAAUAUUUUUAUUACACA